AUCUUCUGUAGCCACACCUUGAGACAACUGUAGGAAGUCUUUUUUUGCUUGUCAGCCCCGGCGGUUUAUCAAAUGCAGCAUACAAAACCUAUUUGACACUGUUUGAACAUACUUGUCUGAAUCAUCAGCCGACACUGAAAAGAAAGGAGUUGGAGGAAAAGUUUGUUCCAUACCGCAAAACAGGCUCUGAAGAAUCAAACUGGAUGAUCACAAACAGGAUUCUCUGGAAUAUCUGUAUGGUUCUAUUCCUAUAAUUUCCUAAUUCUAGAACCCUGCCUCAUUCUAGAACCCUCCCACUCCCGUACUGUACUGCAGGUGAAGCCCAUCCAGGACCCAGAGGAUGAGGCGUGUUCAGGCCCUCGUCAUCAUGGCCGUCCUGUGCAGCCUCUUCUUCAUCUUCUUCUACUCUUCACUCAACCUCCAUCAGGCCCACACACACAUAGCUCUACUGGAGGUCCCAGCCAACACCAGCCCAGAGGACAGCAUUAGAACACACUACCCCAGACUGACCACCACCAAGGCCAGUAAAACCCUUCCCUUCAAUAAGGAGGUAAAGAGAAGUGUCCCUGUUCAGUUCACUGUUCCACCUCCUCCUGAUGUCAACCAAGCUGCUGUCUCUGCUGCCAUCAGGAAGGUCAUACCUCAGAGCACAGCCUAUUGGAACCGUCUAAUGUACUCUGGCCUCAGACGACUGGACCAGGGGGGGAACUCAACACGUCAGGAGGCUCUGGACUGGUCCCGUUGCCGACACAACCCCAAGCAGCCCCUGACCAACAUUCAUGACCUCACUUCUUAUCCAGAACUCCACCAGGACUUCGUGCAUGGGAUGGAGUGUAGAAACCCGCCUAUCCUGAUCGACCAACCGGAGAAGUGCACCUCGGAGGACAGAGUGACCUUCCUCCUCUUCGCCAUCAAGUCGACCCCGAGGAACUUUGAGCAGAGACAGGUGGUACGGGAGACGUGGGGGCGAGAAGCGGUGUACGGAGGAGGGUUCAGAGUUCGUACCGUGUUCCUGCUGGGGACCACCACCCCGGACGAGCCCAACCUGAGCCAGCUGCUGGGGUCUGAGGCGCGUCACCAUGGCGACCUCCUCCAGUGGGACUUCCAUGACUCGUUCUUCAACCUCACUCUGAAGGAGCAGGUGUUCUACAGGUGGGUGCUGAGCAACUGCCCUAAAGUCUCCUUUGUCUUUAAAGGGGAUGAUGACGUCUUUGCCAACACUGAAGCCAUACUGGGCUACCUGCAGUCCCUGGAGCCUAACAAGGCCUCCAAGCUCUACCUGGGCCAGAUCAUCUCUACCGCUAGUCCCCUCCGUGACGCCAACACCAAGUACUACAUCCCUCUGACCUUCUACGACGGGCCUUACCCUGCGUACGCUGGGGGAGGAGGCUACCUCUUCUCUGGGUCGUUGAUCAGACCACUUUACAGCGUCUCCAAGUUCCUCCCUUUCUUCCCCAUUGACGACGUCUACACUGGGAUGUGCUUCAACGCACUGGGAAUACUUCCAGAGGCACACGAAGGCUUCCAUACGUUUGACAUUCGUGAGCAGGACCGGAAUAACCCGUGUGCUCAUAAGGAUCUGCUGCUGGUGCACCAGCGGAGCCCUCAGCAGAUCAUGCGACUGUGGAGUGGUAUACACAACCCCCUGCUUGUAUGUUGAGGGCUAGGGCCUCACUAAGCCUUGGAGGUGGUAGACGUUGACCCCCUCACCACUGACACAGGGUCAGAUGUUAAAUUCCCAAUUUCCAUCCCCCCUGUUCAUAUGCUGAACUAUGGUUGCACAUUUUCGGGAACUUACAAUAAAUUCCCUGGUUUCCCAGAAAUCCUGGUUGUAGGACUCCGGAUAUCCUGCUUAUUCCGGGAAUCCGCCAACCGGGAUUCCGGAAAACCAUGGAAUGUAUUCAAAGUUCCCCUGAGUUUUGCAACCCUAUUGCAGCUGAACACACAACCCCCUGUUCAUAUGCUGAAUGGCCUGAUUGAGCCAGAUGUAAUCCUUCCACCCUCCCUCCCUAAUGGGAUUUGUCAUCAUCUGAUCUGAGAUAUGUGGUUAGGGCAACGUCUAGCUUUUUAGCUUCACUCACUCAGGGAUUAUUUCCACAACUAGGGUUGAAAAAAAUCCAGUAACUUUCCCAAAAUGUUCAGGUUUUCCAGAAAUCCUGGUUGGAGGAUUCCACAUUUCCUGUUUAUUCCCUCCUGUUUCUAGGAAUCUUCCAACAGGUUUUUCUGGAAAACCUGGGGAUUUUGGGAAAAAGUUACCAGAUUUUUGCAAUCCUAGGCACGACACUGGCUGACCAAAGAUGCACUGGAAAUGUUUCUGAAGACAUCCUCAGCCCUUCUGUUUCUGCAGACAUACUCGAUUACCAGUUAGAGGUUUAUAUGUAAAUAUGUUUGAUAAUGCUGGAGGUGAUUUUAACUGAACUCACAGGAUAGAAUAAAUGUUUUCCAUGAAGUACCUGUUGACGUCUGUAGUUGAGCCCAGCCAUCCCCUCUUAUUGCUGAGUUCUGUGUCUGCAUACUGUAGUAGAUCUAGAUCCCAACUCCAGUCCUCCAGUACCCACAGCCAUCCCCUCUUAUUGCUGAGUUCUGUGUCUGCAUACUGUAGUAGAUCUAGAUCCCAACUCCAGUCCUCCAGUACCCGCACCAGCACACCUUUUUGUUGUAGCCCUCGACAAGCACACCUGAUUCAACUUGUCAACUAAUCAUCAAGCCCUCAAAUCAGGUGAGUUUGUCCGGGGCUACAACA